AUGGUGCGUGGCCUGUGUUACUGUUGCUUCGGCGUACGACAUGGAGCUGGCAACUGUAGUUUCAAGAAAGAAUGCGGCAAGGACGGAUGCAAGACGUUCCACCACCCUCUGAUCCACACUGACCGGGGACUUCCGGAGAGAACGGGCACCUCACAUUCGGCCAGAGCAACGUCCGGUACCAUCGCCUUUGGUGUGAUCCGCCUCGACGCCAUGAAUGCUGACGGGGAGCUGGUUCCCAUCAAUGUCAUGUUGGACGCCGGGAGCAACACAACUUUCAUCCGUGAGGGAUUGGUUCGUUCGCUACGGAUUUCAGGCGAGCGACAGACACUUCGGAUCCAGGGAGUAGCUGAUGCGGCUUCAACGCAUCCGAAUUCAGAAGAAUUGUUUCUCCAGCUGAAAACGGCCUUCGGUGACAUGGUGACUCUGAAGGGCUCGACCUUAAAGACCGUGACACAGCCAGUUCCCGUGCACAAUUGGGAGCAGCUUCGCCACCGUUGGACCCACCUUAACGACUUGCUGCCGCUACGCAGCUCCGGCGGAAGAAUUGACGUCCUGAUUGGUUUAAACCAUACAACUCUCAUCACACCGACAGAUUAUCGACUUGGAGCCGACGACGAGCCAGCAGCUAUCAAGACCAGGCUAGGAUGGACAAUCCUUGGUGUGCUGAGAUCAGGAUCGACGACGGAGGCCCUCUGCCACCGUUCCUUUGCCUCAUCAGACGUACACAUCACAGCGGAGCUGGUGGAACAACUACGACGGUUCUGCGACACCGAAUCAUUCGGUACCGAGUACCAGGGUGCCGGAAUGUCCACCGAAGAUCGACGGGCAGUCGCGAGGCUGGACGCUGAGACCAAGAAGCUGGAUGUGGGUUACCAGGCCCCAAUUCUCUGGAAGGAUGAAGAGCCUCCAUUGCUGCCCGACAACCGGAGUGUAGCUGAUUCCCGUAUUCGUCCGCUUUUGAACAAAUUUGCAAGAGAUCCAGCCUAUGAGAAACACUAUCGAGAGUCGAUGGCCAAGAACUUUGCUGAAGGUUAUGCAAGGCGGCUGUCUACCACAGAGGUCGAGGAGCGGCCAACUCGAUAUUGGCUACCCCAUUUUGCAGUACCCAAGGUUGCCGGCCAUCCUGAGCUGCGGUUGGUGUUCGACGCAGCUGCCAAGUACCGUGGGAGGAGCCUUAAUGAUUACGUCACACCUGGUCCAGCACUUCAAAAUCCGCUGCCAGCGGUAAUUCUACACUUCCGGGAAGGAGAGGUGGCGUGGUUGGCAGACAUAGGAGCCAUGUUCAGCCGGAUCCGACUAGACGACGUGGAUCGACGCUACCUUCGAUUCCUCUGGCCGGAAGAGGACGGAACAUUGACAACGUGUGAGAUGACACGGGUGACCUUUGGUGUCUCAUGUUCGCCCUAUACGGCUAUUCGAACGACCUGGAGAGCAGCAGACGACGCCGCCGUAGACACGGGUGAGGCAGCAGCCGCCAUCCGGAGGUACCUCUACGUGGACGAUUACCUGGAUUCCAGCAAGACCACUGACGAGGCAUUGCGCCGGGCGACAGCAGUCAACAAGGCUCUGAGCAGUGGCGACUUCCACCUGAACCAUUGGGUGACCAACGAUGCACGCCUGCUGGAGCAGCUUUCGAUUCCGGACCCAAAGGAGAGCGGCGUCAACACGGUCAACCUUGGCGCUGACGACGCCGAGAUGGUCCUUGGCGUCACCUGGAGGCCCGCCACUGAUGUUUUAGGGUUUCGUGUCCGGUUGGCAGAGAUCAACUAUACCCGUGCCGGCCUCCUUUCGAAAGUUGCCGGAUUGUUUGAUCCCCUCGGCGCCGCAGCCCCAAUCACCGUUAAGGCCAAGAUACGUCUUCGCCACCUUGGCGUGAAAGGCCUGAAAUGGGAGGAUUCGGUGACUGGACCGGACCGUGAAUGGUGGGAGAGCUAUUUUGACACAAUGCAGCAGCUAAAGACGGUGGAAUUUGCCCGCUGCCUCUUUCCGGAUGAAGACCGAAUCGUCCGGACCGAACUGGACACGUUCGUGGACGCCUCUGAGGAGGCCUGCGCCACCGUAUGUUUUAUCCGUAAUGUUUACCGUGACCACCGAGUGAUCGUGCGCUUCAUCAAGGCCGUGACAAAGUUGGCGCCGCUGAAAACAGUGUCCGUGUGCAAGUUGGAGCUGAACGCUGGACUUCUUGGAGCGCGUUUGGCCCGUUUUGUGGAAUCUUCAUUGACCCGGAAGAUCGCAGCGCGUCGUUUCUGGACCGAUAGCAGUACGGUGCGCAACUGGGUUCGAGCGUUAUCUGGUGACUACCAGGUCUACGUGAGCAAUCGUAUCGGUGAAAUCCAGACCCUAUCGGACCCUUCAGAGUGGCGUUUCGUCCCGGGAGUCCUAAACCCAGCGGAUGCGGCGACCCGCUCUCAACUGGAUGACCGGGCAAUCCCAGCGUGUUGGUUGGACGGACCACCCUUCUUGUAUCAAGAGGAGACGGCCUGGCCGCAAGACCUCCCCUGGACCUUGGAGAAGGCGGAAAUGCGUGGGGCCCGCGCCCAUGUGAGUGAUGUCGUGUCGGAGAAAAUAGUGCCAUUCGACUGGAAGACGGUGAAGAUAGCUGCCAGCGACGUGCCUACUCUCAUCAGAUUAGAGAAUGACUAUCUCGAUCUCGUCCGACGGUGCCAGAGGGAGACCUAUCCCGAGGAGAUAAGCAGACUGGAGCGUGGAAAAGUGAUUCGCCCUACAUCACCCUUGCAGCCCUUGACCCCCUUUCUGGAUGCUGACAAGGUGUUGCGGCUUGGAGGCCGUCUCAGCAGAGCGAAUUUACCGUACGAGGUUCUCCACCCGCCGAUUCUGAAUGGCCGACAUCUGUUAGCGCGAGCAAUCAUCCACGCCUUUCAUGAGCAGCUUCAUCAUUCCGGAACCGACAUGGUGCUUGCCCAGGUGCGACAACAUUUCUGGAUCACAGCAGGAAGAGAGGCGGUCAAGAGAGCUCGCAACGAGUGUCUAGCGUGUCGGCGUUUCCGACCAAAAGCAGCGCUACAGAUGAUGGCGGACGUUCACAGGGCCCGGCUAGGUGCUCAUCAGCCUCCGUUCACCUACACCUCCGUCGACUAUUUCGGCCCCAUUGACAUCGCCUACCACAGAGGGAUGGCCAAGCGAUGGGGCGUCCUGUUUACGUGUUUAGUGACGCGUGCCGUGUACGUCGACGUGGCGAUCUCUCUAUCAGCCAACGAUUUCUUGCUGGUUUUGCGCCGCUUCGUUUCUAUCUACCGCAAGCCAGCUGAGAUGUUCUCCGACAACGGAACUAAUUUGACCGGGGCGGAGCGACUAUUACGUGAAGAGCUAGAGAGACUAAAGGAGAGUUCGGCGUUGGAGACGGAGCUCAAAGCUUUCGGGAUUCGAUGGUGGUUCCAGCCAGCCCAGACAACCCACUUUGGUGGAGCUCACGAAUCACUGGUGCGUUCGGUCAAGCGAGCGCUCUACCCCGUGCUGGAGAAGGAGUUGAACGGUCAGCGUAAUCCGAGCGAGGAGAUUCUUCGGACGCUCCUGUUUGAGGUGUCAGGACUGCUCAAUUCCCGCCCACUGACUUAUGUCAGCUCAGAUGCGGACGAGGCAGUAUCCCACGGACGAGGCGGAUGA